AUGAUGUUAACUUCACGCAUCCAAAGUAUAAAGUCGCGGGGAUGCGCUGCCCCGAACGCCAAGGCACCCCGACGUUCAGUCCGCGUCGUGUGUCACGGCCACGGUCACGGCCAUGGACAUGGUCCAGCUCCCACAGCGGUACUUACUGAAAAGGACAAGGGAUUCAUCGCUGAGAUGCGCAAGGUCGCAAUGAAGUUGCACACAAAGGAGCAGGCACCAAAGGAGGGCGGCAAGGAGGUGCCGAAGCAGCAGGGUCCGUGGACGCCCACUCUUCCGGGCUACCUGCGCUUUCUUACGGAAUCUAAGGCCGUGUACGACACCUUUGAGCGCCUCGUACUGCAAAGCGAUGAAUACGCGGCGCUGCGAGACACAGGUCUGGAACGUUCCCAAGGUCUCUCUGAAGACAUCGCCUGGUAUGAGAAGACGCACGGCCUUAAGGCGCCGCAGCUGGAGCAGGAUGGGCCAGGUCUGACCUACUGUCGCUUGUUGGAGAAGUUGGCGGCGGAGGACCCCCCCGCCUUCAUUUGCCACUACUACAACUUCUAUUUUGCGCAUACCGCGGGUGGCCGAAUGAUCGGGAACAAGGUCGCAGCUGUACUGCUGGACGGCCAUAAUCUGGAGUUUUACCGUUGGUCAGCUGGCGAUGUGAACGAGCUCUUGGAGCGAGUCCGCAAGACCAUCAACGUAAUGGCAGAGGGCUGGAGCCAUGAGGCGAGGGCGCACUGCCUGGACGAGACGGAGGCGAGCUUCAAGUAUUCGGGAGUGCUGUUGCGCUGCAUCACCGCGACCGAGUGA